GAGAGUCUGUGUUCGUCAGGAUUGGGUUGAGAGCAGUUAAGAGGAUUUGAUUUCACAUGUCUGGUGAGAGGAAAAGAGUAUGAGUGAGAGUGUGCAAUUAAAAAGUACACCGUAUCACAAUGUAAAGGAGGAAAAUUGCAGAUUUACUGUGUAUUCUUUGUGAAUGAUGUUGUCUCUAUAAGCUAAGAUAAUAAUAACUGUUUGGACCAAAAAAUGGCCAGCUUUCCUUCUGUGUUGUGAAAGCAACCAAAAGUUCAAAAGCAGAAAUAAAUUCACUUAUUAAAGCUCCAAAUCAGGGACAUAAGAAUACUAUUUACCUCCAAAAGAGGUUUAAUAGUCUGUUAGAUAUAAGAUAAAUGUAACUUACACUCACCUUUUCUGAGCUCCACACUUGCAUAACUUUUUCCACACAUUAUAUACAGUCUAUCAGGGUUUCAUAAUAUAUAUCCACUAAACAUUAACAAACUCAUGAGCUAACAAGGGUGAGAGUAAGCAGCUGUUGAUUUGUGCAUGUGCUUCUAUGAGCCACGCUGUGGGAGGGAUCCCACUUCGUUUUCUUAAUAAGAUAAACAUAUCCUUUACUCCAUGUGAUCACACCGAUUUCUAUUCAGAGUGUAAGCUUGAUUGAUUACUUAUUUACUUUAUAGAUUGGGGUGAUGUAACUGUGUUUUGGCACGUAAUACUCCAACGAAACAAUGGACUCAGCAGCUUUUUUGGGGCAGGAAACGCCCACAUCCGAAUACAGAGUCAUCCCUCCUUUUCUGAAAAGCGAACAUCCAAUCCUAUUUCACCUCCGAGGUUGUGCAAGGAACCCUUUAAAAGCGAUCCACAAUACAAACUUAUCCAACAUUUUAUUGACGCUCGGGGACGACUACGGUUGCACGUGCUAGUAGUAUGCAUUUGCAGAUAUAAACUCUUUCCUUUAAGACUUUUAAGAGCACUCAAGUCAUUGAUAGUUUGGGUUCACCGAAUCAAAAAUCUCACAAAAAAUGGCACUGCUGAAUAAUUUCACGACAGCGUGCCUGAGGAAUUUUCAAGGCGACCGGCUACACAAUCAGCUCUUCUUCGUUGUCCGUGCCCUGCAUAAGUCUGCAGCCAGCGAGAGUUAUGGGAUGUCCACAGCUAGAGAAGAAGCCAUGGCCGAAAGAUUGAUCACACCGUCAGAUGCCGGCGUGAAAACUGCAGUCAAGACUUUGAAGGAUAUGCCGGGACCCAGCACCCUGUCCAACCUGGUGGAGUUCUUCUGGAGAGAUGGGUUCAGCAGAAUUCAUGAGAUCCAGGUAGGCUAGUAAUGUCCAUACAUUCCCCUUUAUUUGUUUUAGGGUAUCAGAUACAAUCAACUCAAUGUGCUCUCAGUCACUGGCAAAGUGCCAGUUUAUUCUCAUCCUUUGCCAACUUUGACACCUAUGCGUAAAAUGGCACCAACGUUGCGUAAAAGCGCACCGCAGAAGAUUGGACGCUUGACAGCUUUGAAGUCGACACUAAGCCUCAAAGACUGCAGAAAAGCUACACGAAACAACUCAGAGUGCUUUCUGUACUUACUCAAGCGUUUUGGUCUCAGUCUAUGGGAUAAAAAUCUUAACAUUUUGAACUUAUUAUGGCAGAAACUGGCUGACCACCAAGAGCAAGAGUUAGGAGAGCAAACUAAAGUACUUAGCGUCUGGGGCUGGUUUAGGAUUAACACAAACCAGUGAUAUUAUUGUAAGGACCCAAAUUCUUGACAAAAAAAGAAAGUAAAAUAAUAAAUCACCUCUUCUUCAAAAAAAAUUCAGCACUUUCAAUAAGUUGUAAAUGUGUUUCAAUACAAGUUUGUUUUGACUGUGAUGCUAUGUAAAAUAUUCAAUGUGUAUCUUUAGUCAUUUCCCAUGACCAGAUUAUAAGAGUUUGAUUCUUUUACAGAAAUGUUUGACAUCAUUGUAUCAUUUUCACUUCAAGAAUAGUAUAUAUUUUUGGAAAAUAUUAAAGUAAGGCACUUCAGACAAGAGGUGACAGAGGUCUUCUCCGGUUAAGUCUUCACUAAGUAAGACAUGAUCACCAGUUGAACUGAGCAGGUUAAGUCCAGCUGUGAGAACAAUCUACUACUAUUGUCACAACUUUUAAUAACAUUCAAACUGACAUGACUGGUACAUAAUAAUGUUCAAUUUAAAGAUUAAAUACAUUUUUAAAAAUGUACUCGAGCUUUUAGCUUUUUCUUGUGGUAUUCAACAGAAAAUGCCCGCCUUGUAUAAAUGACGUUAAUCCUUUAUCUCUGAAAUAAGAAAGACCAUGAUGCUUACUUUAUACUUAUUUAUUUUAUACAGGACUUUAAAACAGUGACAUGUGCUGCAUGUGUAAAAUUAAUGGUUUCAAAAAUUAAAGUAUCUGUUUCCCAUAAAUGAACAGAUGGAGCACUGCAAGAAGUUUGGCAAAAUCUUCAAAUCACGUUUUGGGCCCCAGCUGGUGGUCUCUGUGGCAGACCGGGAUCUGGUGGCUGAGGUGCUGAGGGCGGAACGUGAGGCCCCUCAGAGAGCUAACAUGGAGUCCUGGAAGGAGUACAGAGACAUGAGAGGCCGUGCCACAGGCCUCAUCUCGGCGUAAGUCCCCUUUGAACUCUGUGUCUAGAGAGAGAGAGCUCCUUCAAAAAAUGACCUGCAGUUUGACAGCUGAAUUUUCUAGCUUCCACAAGUGUUGAUGGAGUCUGCAAAUAACUUUUUUAUGAUUUAUUUUUAUUCCAUUACAUCUCAACACUCUCCUUUUGUAUGUAUACCCUGACAUUAAGCCUCAUUUGACACAAAACCUGAAGUUUUUAAACCUUGUUUUCUCUAAAUUGAAUGAUUUUGAUCUAUAAUUUGUUACUCCCAAAGUUCAGCUGUGUGAACUUUGCCCUGUUCUGAUUUAUUAGUGAGGGUGAAGAUUGGCUGAAGAUGCGAAGUGUGCUCAGGCAGCUCAUCAUGCGUCCCCGUGAUGUUGCAGUCUUCUCCGAUGAUGUGAACCAAGUAGUAGAUGACCUGAUCAAGAGAGUUUGUAUUCUGCGCACCCAGGAGAUCGAUGGAGCUACUGUUCUCAAUGUGAAUGAUCUCUUCUUCAAAUAUGCUAUGGAAGGUUGGUAACGAUCUCGAAAGGCUCCUUAAGUUACCAUAAUGUUAAAAUGUUCAAAAUAUUAUCAUGACCUUCUAUCAGAUUCUGCUGCAGCUGUAAAUACACUAUAAAAAGUUACUGAAUCUCUGCCCUCUUCUUCUUGUCUUUCUCUCCAGGUGUGGCAGCCAUUUUAUAUGAAUGCCGACUAGGCUGCUUGGAAGAUAAGAUCCCUGAAGACACCCAGGACUACAUCGGUGCUCUUCACCUCAUGUUCAGCUCCUUUAAGACGACCAUGUACGCAGGGGCGAUCCCCAAAUGGCUCCGUCCCAUCAUUCCCAAACCGUGGGAGGAGUUCUGUCACUCCUGGGAUGGCCUCUUCAGAUUCAGUAGGUGUUUUGACUGUUUGAACAUGUAGAGUACAAAAAUACUUUUUUAGCAGACUUUUUUUUUUUCUCCAGUGAACCAUCUGCUGGUAGACUUCUGCAUUAAAAAAAGGAUGUUUCAGAAAUGGGAGAACUCUCAGGAAGCAGAUUAGAAAAAGGAAAUUAAAACUCAUGCUAUGGGGACUCUGUUACGAAACUAACCCGAGCUGAGGUAACUCUGACCAGACCUGUUACAUAUUUUCACAGUCUGAGGGGAACAGACCCUGAUAAGUUAACUAAUCAUCACAUGUAAAAUUGAUCCAGCCUCUCUUAGAGACUCUUGGUCUCUUCCUGUAGUGACCACUUUGCCUUUUAUUGAAUUUCUCCUCUUUACACAAGGGUUCUUUUUGUGUAGUAUCUUUUUGUAAACAGCUGGGACAGAGCGCAGAUCAACCUGAAGUCCUGCUAUUCAUGCUUCCUGUGCUCUUUUAUCUGCAAAGACUUCACGCUGGGAAAAAAAAAAAAGUUUUUCCGGCUAUAAACAUGUUAGAUAAUGUUUUCUCUGUGUAAGUUUUAGAAGCACAAAACACAAAGGCUCAGGUCUACUCAGGGUAGGCAAACUUUUUGAAGAUGAAAAGCCUGGCAUCAAUAGAAAGGAAUGUAGAUUUGCAUAUAAAUCUCUGCUGUUGUACCAGGGGAUUGUGGGAGUAUGGGGUCCCUCUGUUACAUAACCUGUUCUCUCUUCUUUUCCUUCCCCUCACCUCCCUGCUCCUCCUCACCUCCCCUCGUCUGCCCCCUCUCCCCAUUCCCAUUCAUCCCACCUUCUCUCUGUCUCUGUCUAAUAAUCCCAGGCCUUAUUCACGUUGAUAAGCGUCUCUCAGCGAUUAAGGACCAGCUGGAGCGAGGAGAGGAAGUGAAGGGUGGACUACUCACUCACAUGCUUGUUACCAAGGAGAUGACCUUAGAGGAGAUCUAUGCCAAUGUAACGGAGAUGCUUCUGGCGGGCGUGGACACGGUGAGUGUGUUUGUGGGAGUUUGUACAUGUGCAGAGAGGAGGUAAAGUAGUGCGGAGGGGUUGAGGGUUGCACGUGUGUUACUGUCUGAGUGUGUAUGUAUGUGUGUGUGUGUAAUUGAGUCAGUGUUGAGUUUCAGGGGUUGGGUUUCUGGCGCCACAUCUGUGCCUGUGUAUCUGUGCCAGCGUCGGGUCAGAGCAGUGAAUCGAGGGGUGAGAUAGUAUCCCACUGACAAACUUGUUCUCACUCAGAUUUAGUUUCUGGUUGUUUUGUCUCAGACUGUAAGAUCUACAGAGGGGAACAUUUUUUCUCUCCCCCCUCUGCUGUACAUUUGUGGUUUGUGCUGAUAUGUUGACAACUUAUUCUGCUCACUUUUUUUAAGCAAAUCCAGAACAAGGAAAUAGGAGCUUAAUAUCUGGGCCCUGGUUACUUUUGCGUACACCUUCAACAGCAAAAGUCAAGAGAUAAAUAUUUUAAUAUUUAUCCUUCAAUGCUUCCAAAUGUUAAGAAAAGGCCAGUGUACAAUGCCCACCAUGAAAGAUUAUUCAGCUGUCCCACACUCGUCCGGUACAUGUGUGUGAAUUUGCAUUUGUGUGCACACUGCGUGCACAGUCGCUGCCUAAUUUGUUUGGGGUACUGUCAGAUUAAUAAGAGUUAUGGCUGUGGAGUGUUUUGUUCUAAGCUUGGGGCCCACUGGAUAAAAGGGUGUGUGUUUUUGUUAAACUUGUUGCAACGGCCACGUCCCUGCAGGGGGUGGACUUAGCUGAGCCAUUACCUGACCCUGUGGUGCGUUUGCCUUUACUCAGCACACACAAGAGCUGUCAAGACACGUUAGCCACAGCCAGAGUUAUAGCACAGACUGGGCAAAGGUGAGACAAGGGGGGGAGAAUAAGGGAGGGUGGGAUCUGAAGAAGAGGGACGCUGUUAUAAAAUGGCCAAGAUUUGGGAAUCAACGUCACAAGGAGGGAGGAGCGGGGGAUUUGGUGGAUGUUGGAACCAGUGGAUGGAGGGCACAGGGGGGAGCAGCAUGAGAGACAUGUUUGGGUGAGCUUUUGUCAUAUGAUUCCGCUUCGGUUUUGUCUGAGGUGUUGCCAGCAUCGGUCCCAGCUGGGGAUGAUUAGAUGCAUGGUGGGUAGAUGAGCGGGAGAGGGCGGUGACAGAGUGGGAAGGUGGAUUUGUGGGAAAGGGAGGCGGGAGAUGGGGCAGUUAUGAAAUGGCAGAGCAUCUACAGUAUAUAGUUUGAAUACAGGAAAUACGACUGAUUUACAUAUCAAUGCUCUUCUGCCAACGUUGCUGAAGUAAAAAUGUCAUCGGAAAAGGAAGAGCUGGAACAAUGAAGUGGAGAGAUAUCUGAAGUGAGCGUGUUGGAAAGACAGCAGAUGAAAAUGACCAGGGUGUUUGCAGAGGCAGGCCAAAUGCUUUCAACUGAAAAUUCACUCCUCUGGAUUGCCUAACAGGAUUAUUCAAAAUCCUGUUCAUCUUUUGCAACUUUACUGUAAACUACAUGCCAGAAAUAUGCUUCGGGAAUGUCACACUUGAGUCACGUGUGUUUGAGUGAGAAUGGAUGACGGGGUGAGUGAUGUAAGUUGAGGGAUAAGGGGCUGAGAGAGAUAAAGUGCAGCUGGAGGAUUGGACCUCAGUGUCUGAUCAGUAUGUGGAUUUAGUCCCUUCUGUCUCAACACUCCUCACAAUUUCCUAACACUUUCGUAACAACAUAAAAACCCUUGUAUCAGCAGAUAAACUUGUUACAAAACCUCAUCCAAAAAUGGCACACAAAUAUUCAAUACAAAAGAUGAUACUAAGACCCAUAAGGGGGAUCAGUUCUUGAAAGUAUAACAUACCCUCUCUAUUCUCAUAGACAUCUUUCACCCUGUCCUGGGCCACCUACCUGUUAGCCCGAAACCCUGAAGUACAGGAGCAAAUCUUCACAGAAGUGACCAAGACUCUGGGACCUGGAGUAGUCGCCACAGCGGAUGAUGUCUCUCGUCUUCCUCUCAUCAGAGGACUUGUCAAAGAGACUCUCAGGUGAGGACUGAAUGUUCUCUUUCAAGCUUUUUCUUCUCUUGCUGUGAAGGUCUCGGGUUUCUUUAUAUUUUUGUACACUCUUUUUUGGAAAAGUGAAAAAAUAUAUAUAUUAUUUGCCUUUGAUGGAGUAUGUUUAAUUUGCUAUUUCUCUUCUCUUCAAUUAGUCCAUUUCUACCAGGAUUAAGCUUCUUGGAAAGCAUAAUGUUUGGGGCUGUUGAAUAACAAGUCUUUGUGUCUCUCCCUGGGAGCAGGCUUUUUCCAGUUCUCCCAGGAAACGGACGGAUCACCCAAGAUGACUUGGUGGUGGGUGGAUACUUCAUCCCCAAAGGGGUAAGAACAAUACAGACAUGAUACAUGUAAGUUUGGAGUGUGGAUGUGCAGAGGAAAAAGUGGGAAGCAGCCAAAAAAAAUUACAAUAGACUUGGAGGAAACAUGAUCCAGCAUUACUCAUACAUCUGUCUCUUCCUGUCUCCUUUACAGCUGCUUGUACAAUUGCACAGCUGUUUUUCUUACACAACUGACACUGAUCGUUUUUUUUUUCUUUUCUUUAUUAGACUCAGCUGGCUCUGUGUCACUUCUACACAUCGAUGGAUGACGAAAACUUCCCUGAUGCUACAGAUUUCCGUCCAGAUCGCUGGAUAAGAAAGGACUCCACAGACCGUGUUGAUAACUUUGGCUCGAUUCCCUUUGGCUACGGCAUCAGGAGCUGCAUUGGCAGGAGAAUAGCAGAGUUAGAGAUGCAUCUUGCCCUGACAAGGGUAUGACAUGAAUUGAUUGAGAUUUUUGUGUGUUUGUUACUAGCAUGUUUGUUACUGUCCACCACUGACGAUCUGUCAAUCUGCCUGUUUUUGCAGCUCAUUCAAAAGUUUCACAUCGGUGUGUCUCCUCUCACUGCUGAUGUCAGAGCUAAAACCCACGGCCUGCUCUGCCCCUCUGCCCCCAUCAACCUGCAGUUCACCGACAGGAAGAACUAGGCGCCUGUUCUCCUCAACAAGGUUUACGUUAGUGACUGAUUUUAACGCGCUGAUUUUAACGCGCUGAUUUGUUGUUAGAAGUUUUUAAUCACACUGCUUUUGGGACACCUUCCACUGUAUGAUUGUAGAAACUGAGCUGAGACUUCACUUUUAAUCUAAAAAGAAGUGCCUCUCACCGUCUCCUGAUUCUGGGUGAGAAAGAUGCAAAAACGGAUGUAGAUGUUUUGACGAAAGCUAUUCUUUCAUGUUUGUUAUUUGUGCUAAGUGAAAUUACAGUAGUUAAGACUGUUACACCUUUUACUCGCUCUGUUCAAAAUAGUGGGCGUGGAAAAAGAACUUUCAUCUUCAUCUUCAUACAAACACUGUAUCAUUCAUGGCACUGUUUACUCAUGUUUGUAGGCUAAUGUGCGCAUGCAUCAUUAUAUGAUCACAACAUUUCCACCCAUAGUUUGGGGAAGAUUUUCACUGAACUACACUGCGAAUGUUAAGUGGCAACAAUGAAUGUACUGACAGAGUGUUGUUUUUAAGAGGUACAGUAUGUAUAUAAUGAGCUUUAUUUUUGAUUGUGUUUUAAACCAAAAUCUUGUAGCAGAUGUUUUUUUUUUUAGCAGUACAUAGUUUGUUUAUAUUCAGACUGAAGAAGAAACUCUCUCCGCUGAAGUAGCAUUAUUUUAUCCAUUUACAUGACACUAAAGCCUUAGAUUCUUACAGAUAUUUUUUAAAGUGAAAAAUACGAGUAAAACUGUUUUAAAGCUCAAAAUAAUAAACUUAAAUUCUCCCCUUUGUUAACACUAACUGAGGGACUAUACAGAUAAAUUUAAUCAGAAGUAAUAUUUUUGCAACUUUUGAAGUAUCUAUUUUUUCAUGACUUUAUUAAGAUAAAUAAGAUGUUUAAAGUAUUUUUGGUUGAGUGUUGUUAGUGUGAAUGCCAUUAUUGUACCACUGACUUUAUGAGAGGGAUAAUGCAUGUGAAGGGGAAGGGACCAGUUGACAGACCGCGCCAUUAAGAAGGAUUCCAUUAGUUUGCAGGGUAGUGGAAACAUUUUAUGUCUUUGUAUUUAUCUGCUCUUUUUUUUCUGUCUGUACCUUUUCUACUCUACUUCCAGUGAAACUGGGGAAAAAUAAAAAUGAUAUAGUAACAACUUCAUAAA